GACAUAGUUGAGUCAUUCGAGAAAGUAUACGCGAGUAUCCUCUUCGUAGUAGCCUACAUUCUCCCUCUACUGAUCAUCAGCAUAAACUACAUCAUCCUCGGCAGGUUCAUCAUGAAAAGGCGUUUGGUCGUUCCGAUUCGAGAAGUGGGGACCAACGACGAAAAGCCAGGCUAUCAUACCGGUGAUGACAUCCCCAUGCAACUGCCCAACGCCAAAGCGGCUUCAACACCAGGACAGAGCAUACCAAUGAGUCCAUUCGAUCACAAUGGGUUGCAGCAACCGGAGAACUGCUCAAAUGCCACAAUACCGGAUGAACAGCCUGUUCCCAAAGGCCCUGCCGAGGUCGGCAAAAAUCCGGAGACGUUCGUGAAGAAAGUAUCUGCCCGAAUCAUCAAGAUGCUGCUUGUCUUGGUGGUCACGUUUGCCAUCUCUAGGGCUCCUUACUUCAUCAUGUUCGUGCGAGAGGAGAUAACAGGAACGGAUGAUUCAGCGCGUUUCGGUGAAGCCUUUCACGUGGUGAAGCUUCUGGCUUCUGUCUUCAUGAGCCUACUCAAUCCCCUCAUCUAUGCAGUGUUCAAUAGUCGCAUCAGGAAGGGAAUCGGUCGACUCUUUUCCCCGAAUGUUCCAUACUUCAGCAGAAACACUACCACUACCAGCGAUGCCCGUUGAAACCUAAAUCCUACCACAGUCUAGGGUCGGUUCCUUCUUGAUUGACCCCAGGCUAGCUAUACGGUAUGACAAGACUUGCGUAUGACAGAAUACUGGAUAGAUCGAUCUACUCUCAAUAUGAA